GGGCGCCAUAGUGAACGCCUAGACUGCGGCUCUUCAUCCUCGACACUCUCACCGCGCUGUUUGAGGACUCUCACAACAGGCUCGGCGGAGACACGCCCAGUAUCUUGUUCGCUUCUCCUCACCGGCUCCUUGUCGGCCAUGGCGGCUCUUCGCGGUGUUUGGUGCGGCUGUUUGCUGCUGGCGUUGCUGUUUCCUCUGCAAGUUCUGUCUCAGGGCCUGGACCUGGCAGACGCUCUGGGCGAUGACCUUCUAAAAACCACCACUGCAAAGCCAGCAGCUACCAAGGCUCCUAACAAGCCCAAACCUAAACCAGUUGAUGAUGGCUUCGACCUGUCUGAUGCCUUGGACCCCAACAAUGACAUUGGUAACAGAGACAAGAACAAAGGGAAGAGUGGAGAAGAAUUUUCCGACAGCGACUUAAUUGACGUCAGCAAAGACGACAACUACAAACCUGACAAAGGCAAAGGCGGACGACCAGGCGGACGACCAGGUGACCGCGAUCACAUUAAUCAAUACGAAGACAACAACGAGACCACAGCAGAAGUGGGCACCAUCGCAGGCAUUGCUAGUGCUGUCGUCAUGGCGCUGGUGGGCGCGGUCACCAGCUACAUCUCCUACCAGAAGAAGAAGUUGUGCUUUGGCAUACAGCAGAGCCUGAAUGCUGGGAUGAUAAAGGCUGACAAUCCGGAUUGUGUGGUGGCAUCAGAACCGCAAGUCCAACAAACGCUUCUGCAGCAAGCCAGUGCUGAACCUCGCAUGGAGGAGAAUGUUGUGUAGCGCACGCACACACACACGCACACAGGGGUCAUGUAGCAGUGCACUGUGUUGCUGAAUCGACAACAUUGAAGUAGCUAACAUUGUUAGAAUUUUAAUUUCUAUACACAAUUGCAUUUUUAAAGGCGAUGAUUAGGGUUGCAAAGGGGUGGAAAGUUUCCGGAAAUUUCCGGAAAUUUACCACAGGAAGUUAAGCUCGGGAAAUUUGGAAAUUUUUACCAUUUUUAACAUUUUUGGAUUAUUCAAAGUUGGACACCGUCCAUCUUAUUCUUUAGAAUAAGAUGAGAAACUUGUAAAACACUAAUGCAAUGCCACACACAGUUAUAAAUAGUCAGCUAAACAAUUGGAGUAGUCUUUAAAAAUAUUUUACUGAUGGACAAAUGAAUAGAAAUAGGCUAGAUGAAUAAAUGAACACUCAACCAGCAUGCUAAAUCAAACUAUAACUUACAUUCUUGUAUGACAACAGAAAAGCUAGCAGAACAGAAGGCAGUGGAAACUACACGUUUUGAUGUAGUAUUUGCUAGUUGAACUUUACAGAUCACAAAAAAGGUCAAUUCGGAUCACUAACGUUGUUAGCAUAAAUGAAUGGGAUUUAACAUAGAGAAAAUUAGCAUCAUGGCUAACGGAAAAAUGUCGGUUCAUUAUGAGACUGUGGUGGUACAUAAACCUAGCUAGCUAGAGAUAUUGGCCCCAAAAUCAUUUAACAAGUACAGGAACAGCUAGCGAGCUAGCUUGAGUGGAAGUCUGCUGGGGUAGUCUACAGUCAUGUGUGCAUGUGAUGGAAGAAUGCACUGCACAUCUGAUGGUGGAAUGCACAGUGCAGGGUUGAAAUUCAACUGAACUUGCAUUAAAAUAAGGUUGUUUUAGCUAAUAAUCAUGCUGCAGGAUCUAGCAUGUUGCAUUCAAUGUUUAUUCCCAUUAAUUUCCCAUUAAUUCCCAUGGAAUCUUUCCAACUUUGAAUAUUCCCGGAAUUUUGCAACCCUAGCGAUGAUCCAUAUUCAGGGAUUUUGACUAUUUGCCAUUGAAACAAUUAUUUCUUACUUGAACCAGUUUGAAUAACUCAUACAGCGCUUCACCUUUUCCAUAUUUUAUGGGAUAGCCUUUUUCCAAAAUGGGAUAAAUUAAUUUGAGUCCUUAAAAAAAUCUACACACAAUACCCCAUAAUGAUUUUUUUUUAAUUGCAAAUGUAUUAAACAUGAAUCACUGCCUUUAGCAAUGUAUAGACACAUCCUGGAUGAAAACUAACGCUUCUCAUCCAACCUGAUGGAGCUUGAGAGGUGCUGCAUAGAGGAAUGGGUGAAACUGCCCAAAGGUAGGUGUGCCAAGCUUGUGGCAUCGUAUUCAAAAAGACUUAAUGUUGUAAAUGCAUCAACAGAUUAUUGAGCAAAAGAUGUGAAUACUUAUGUACAUGUGUUGUUUUUUAAAAUAAAUUUGCAGUUUAAAAAGAAGAAAAAACAUUUUCACAUAGUCAUUAUAGGGUAUUGUGUGUAGAAUUUUGAGGACAAAAAUUAAAUUAGUCCAUUUUUUAAAAAGGCGGUAACAUAAAACGAAAAAGAGAAGCACUACAAUACUUUCCGGAUGCCCUCUAACCACUGCUGACUGGCUAAUAUUUCACCACAACAAUAAUGUAUAUUAUUGUCAUUAUGCGAGACUAAUUUUAUUAAGGUGUCCUCAUUCCUGUAAAAUGUGACAUUUAUUUAUUUAUUUUUGUUGUUGCAAGCAUUGGUUGUGUAGUAUUUGCAUUUUUUUUAAACCAUUAACCAUAGUGGAGCUGCUUCCUCUAAAAUGUAAAUAAUGAUUUUACUUUUGCCUGCCAAGCUUCUCACAGCGAUGGCAUCAUGAAGGAAGCGUGUAGAAGUUUGGAUGAAUAUUGGUUGUUUUCCCUGUGAGGUUAGAUAGAGAUUGCAAAGUUCAAAGGUGGUUUAGCUUGAUGGAAUAGGCUGUAGUUUGACUGUUACUGCAGUAGCUCUAGCAUUGUGAUACAACAAUGGCUGUGUCUCAAAUGGACACUUGAAGUAUACUGUGUACUACUUGGUAUACAAUGUACACUCAUUUAUUUACAUGCUUUCUUUAUUUUUUUAUUUACUCAAGUUAGUCCCUCCCCUUUCGUGACGUGGCCAAUUGGCAAUGACUGAGGGUGGUCAGUGUGCAUUACUGCGCACACAUUUCAUUGAGUGCAACAUCCGGGUACUGAAAGUGUGCACUUAUGCACUCAAAAUGCUAAGUGUAAGCACAAAAGUGUGGAGUUUGAGACACAGCCAGUGUUAAGCCUUUAACAUUGUCUUUUUUACCUUUUGCUAAAAUCGCUUUUUGAAAUCUCGUUCACCGUUUAUCUGCUGUCAUUUUAGAGCUCUGAUAGAAUAAUUGUCAUGAUAAUCACUUAGUGCCUGCAUCCUCCUCUCAUCUUGCUGCAAAUUUGGAUUUGACCAAAGAUAGCCGACUAAAAGUGACUUUUAUUAACAUGUGCUUGCACACGAAUGUAACAAAAUGAUUGAUUUAGAGUGAAAGUGUAGUGUUUUUGCUUUUCCGACCUUACAAAUAAUGUCUCUCACUUCAUAGGUGCGCCCGUUUAUUAAAUCACUAUAAAGUCCCCACAGUUUUAUCGCAUUUCCUACAUAUGCACCUAAUAAUUUUUCUGUGUGAAUUUGACAUCAUGUACAUAUCAAUUUGCACAACAAAAUGUUAACAUUUUUCAUAAUUUUGUGUCUGUUUUCUCGCUAUAUUCCAACAUAUUUUAACUCCUUGUUAGCAGAAUGCCUAGUACACUUAAUAAAACAUUUGUGGAAG